AAGCACGCAAUCGGAAUUCGCGGGGGAUUGCUCUCCAAACCCAUUCAAUAAAAAUAUUCCCGAAAACCCUAAAAAAGAAACAGAGAAAACAAAAGAGGGGUGGGGGAGUCUUUUCAAAGAAAUUCCCAAUUCAUACGCGUUUUUGUCCAUCUCCGAUUCCCGGACGCCUCUGGGAGAUAGAAUUCUUCCUCCAGGGGAGUCUCUGUCCCCCAAUUCCCCGGCUUUAAUUCGAAUUUUAUCCUAUUUUCCCUGUUUUAAUUGCUUCUUCUGAGAUUUUUGUUUCAGGGGCGUCUUGCCGGUCAUUGUGGGAUCUGGGGUUCUUACAGCACCAACCGGUCCUCUUUUGACCGGAAGUAUUUUUUUUUUUUUUUUUCCGUUUUCGCCGGUUGGAUGUGGAUUUUUUUGUUUUUCAGUUUAUCUGAAAGAAUAUUGAUCCGAUUCUGGUUGUGGCAUCCUGAACCCGGAAAGAUGGUUUCUUUGGACACAAAUUGUUGAUUUUUUGAUAGGUUAGCAGGUGAUUUUUUUUUCCCUCGUUGUCAAACCGCCGUUUUUGAUUCAUACAUCGUUAUUCUUUCCUUUUGUAUUUGGUUCUUUGGUAAUUUUUGCAAAAUCUUAUUGAUUUAUUAUUUGGUAUUUUUUUUGUAAAAUUUUAUUGAUUUUUUAAUGGAUUUGACGGACUUUUAGUUGGAGAAUAUCUGUUUUUUGGAAUUUGGGCUAUUCUUUGUGUUGGAGCAUUUCGAUUUGACUGGAAUGUGUGCAAAGUGAUGUUAAAGAGAGAAGCUUUGCGAUUGUUCUCGUCUCAAUUACAUACUCUUUGGAGUAAUUGUGCUUCGAUGACUUUAGCUAAGCAUCCCUUCUCUGCAAGCUUCGGUGGGUUCAGUCGGUGGAGUGAAUCUUAUGAGCGAAGUAUGCUCCGUAGCAAGGGUGGGGUUGAUAUGGGAAUUAGUUCCAGAAUCAUUACGAAAAAUGCCUUGAGCUUGAGAAGCUGCAUGGAUCGCCAUAAUGGUGGUUUUAGAAGGAUAGAUGAUGAAACAAGAAAAGCUCAUCCUGUAGCACCUUAUUGCCAAUUUGUUCGGGAUUCUGACGUAGUAUUUGGAGAGGAGGUGGGUGCAAGAUUGGUGAAUGGAGAUGGAGCAUGCAGACAUGGAAACCUCCUUGUGUUUUCCAACCAUUUGAUGCCACAGAAAUUGGUGGUUGCUGUUGAUGUCGAUGAAGUCCUUGGAAGCUUUCUCUCAGCUUUAAACCAAUUUAUUGCGGAUCGCUACUCUUCUAUUCACUCAAUGUCAGAGUACCAUGUAUAUGAGUUCUUCAAGAUAUGGAAUUGUUCUCGAACGGAAGCUGAUAUCCGUGUUCAUGAGUUCUUUAAAACUACUUAUUUCAAAGAGGGUAUUCAUCCUAUCCCAGGUGCUCGACAUGCUCUUCAUAGACUGUCCACAUUUUGCAAUUUAUCAGUGGUGACAUCUCGGCAGAAUGCAAUCAAAGAUCACACACUGAAGUGGAUUGAAGAGCAUUAUCCUGGCUUGUUUCAGGAGAUUCACUUUGGUAAUCAUUUUGCUUUGGAUGGACAAUCACGGCCAAAAUCUGAGAUCUGCAGGUCUUUGGGAGCCCAAAUUCUGAUUGAUGACAACCCAAGAUAUGCUCUCGAAUGUGCAGAUAUAGGUAUUAGAGUCUUACUCUUUGACUAUGACAACUCGUAUCCGUGGUGCAAGACUGGCUCUGCAACUUCACACCCCCUGGUGACCAAGGUUCAUAACUGGCAAGAAGUAGAGCACCAGCUGGUCUCAUUGGCACUUCCUUAGAGCUCGCCACUUCAAACACCUUUGGAGGAGCUAUCCUGCAAUAGUGGCCUUUAAUAUCUGAUGAGUUUAAAUGGAGGCUGAGUUCCUUAACCUUUUGUCGAGGAUUUUUACAGUUGUUUCAGGUCCCUUGCUUUCAAAAAAUUUAUAAAGCGGGGUAAUGAAUUUGAUCAAUUAGAUUAGCGAUAGAAGGUAGCAGGUCUAAAAUCAAAUUGAGUGUUCUCUGUUGUCCCACACUCAAAUGCAUAAGGUAGACAGCGCUUCUGUAUAUAUAAUUGCAAGGACGCUUCUUUCUCAAUAACCAACAUUAUGAAAUUUGCUAAACCAUGACAAGCUAGUUGCACUUGGGAACUUGUAACGGAAGUUAUCGAUAUAAACCGAUAGCAAGUGAACCAGUUUGAGAUUCUUGUCGUUA